GCUUUGGAUCACUUCGGCCGAAAAAGCCUCCGAACACUGUCGAGUCGGUGUAUCCGUAUGGUCCGAAUACAGCACAGAUGGAGUCAAUGUCACGGUUUUGAUGGUGCUUGGUCAGACCCAUUCGCAUAAAUUGUCCCAAGACGAAUUCGAGGCUAUUUUCACACCGGACAACCCAUCAUUUUUCAAUUUUCAUGGAUAACCUUCGGCCCUUCAGAGACUUGCUUAUGAUCGUGUCAGUGGCAGACGCGUGUCUGUGCAUGGAUACAACGAGGAGGGAACCACCACUAAUACUCCUUUCCGAAUGCUUACGGCGACUGGAUGCUCAAGAUAUGAUCUUGCUAUUGACGCAUUACACAAACUUCUGCCCAACUAUCCUACGGUCAACAUCAAGGCCCGUACAUUGAUUUCGAAUUACCAGCAUGCGAUCUGUCAGCAUAAAAAGUACAACGAAGAAUACGGGACAGAUCCGGAAGAGUUAUCUCAAAAACCUCGUUUCUAAAU